CAACAGAAUUUCUCCUCUCUCUCUCUCUCUCUCUCUCCACACACAUACAUAAAAGCCCCACUCGUCUCAACUUCCCAAACCCCUUCCGAGUUCCGAGCUCCAAGUUCCAACCUCGCUCUCUUUCUCUUCUCUAUCUAGCUUCUCUAGCUCGAGCCAGCAGGCCCAGCACAUAUACAUACAAAGAGAGCUACACCCCAUCUCACAUUCUCUCUCCAUCACACAGGCACGGUCCCUUCGACAAACAGAGGAAGCAAAAGAAAUGCCGUCUGAAUCCGCUGAUCGACGACUGGCAAAAGCACAACACAUGGGCGCUCCAGCUCCCCCGCCUGAGCAGGAGCAUCUCCCCUGCCCACGCUGCGACUCCACUAACACAAAGUUCUGCUACUACAACAACUACAACCUGUCGCAGCCCCGUCACUUCUGCAAAUCCUGCCGUCGAUACUGGACCCAGGGCGGCACCCUUCGUAACAUCCCCAUCGGUGGUGGCAGCCGCAAGAAUGCCAAACGCUCUCGCACCAUCUCCUCCUCUUCCUCUUCCCAGGACCCCAUUCCUGCCACUCCAGCUUCCGUCUCCCUCGCCCCUGAUCCCGACUUUUCCUUGCCUACGCGCGGUGAUCUUAAUCUCGACGUUAACGUCUCGGGGAGCUUUACUUCGUUGUUGAACACGCAGGGCCCAGGAUUCUUGGCACUUGGUGGGUUCGGGUUCGGCCUCAGCUCUGGUUUCGAGGACCUGGGUUUUGGGCUCGGCCGAGGCACCUGGCCCUUGUUGGAGGCUGUCGAUAUUGGUUGUGGCGCUAGCGCUGGCGGUGGUGGUGGUGGUCUUACCAACUGGCCGGUUGCAACCGGUGAAAGCGGCAUCGUUGAAGGAGAUUGCUUUACUUGGCCAGACCUCGCCAUUUCUAUGCCAGGAAAAGGCCUGAAGUGAUUACUCUUCUUCUUUGGUUUUGACUUGAGGUGUUAUUUUCUUUUUUUGGGUCUUUGCUUGGUGGGUAUAGAUCGAGUAUAGGCUACAAGAUAUGGAUUGUAGACAGAGGAAUCAGAAAUAAGUGUACGUAUUAGGAUCAUGAUUUAUUUUUUCCUUUUUUUCCCUCUUCUGUUUGUUCUUCUCCUUUUUCUAUGAAAGUUCUGUAAAUGCUUGUGUGGUCUGCAUUGAACACAUUGAUGAAAGAAGAUGAGAAGAGGAGCUUGUUUUUAGGUUUUUUUUUUACGUACUCUUAUUGCCAAUUUGGAGUUCCUGAUGAAGUUCAUUCUCUCUCUCUCUCUCA